CGCGACCGCGCUUCCCGUCCGAUGCUGGCGGCGGGGUUGAGGGGCCUUCCCGGCCGGGCCGCCCUACUGGGCCGCGGCGCCCCGAGCCUGAUCCCCGCGCGAGGCCGCAAGACCCGCUUCGACCCUCCGGCCAAAUCCAAAGCGGACCGGAUCAAGGUGCCGCCGCCCGUCGACCCGGCUGAGCUGCUGGUGGUCAUCAACCGCUACAGGCAGUACAAGCGGGUGGUGGACGCCCUCAGGUUGGAGCGUCUCCGGCAGGAGGAAUUACUGGAGAAGGCCCGCAAGCUACAAAGCGACCAAAACAGGGUCUCCUUUCAGGAGGAAUUUCUCAAGAAGAGAGAGAUGGAGGUGCUUCAGUUACAGGAAGAAUCCCAGAACUUCAUCACCCUCGAAAACCUGGACCAGCGGAUCGAGGAGUGCCUCAACAAGACGCAGAACUACAAUUUUGCCGUCGAUAAAGAGGGGAGGAUAGUUAAGAGGACGGCCAUAUCGUAGCCCGCUCCCCCACCCCUCUCGCGGGGGGAAGGAAUGUUCCCUCCGGACCCCAAGGUUUGCCGCGAGCGAUCGAGGGAUGCCAUACGGCUCCAACCCCAUCCGCAUCCCUGCUCUCGGAACGGGGAGUGGCGGAUAAUUCAUGCUUCCCAAACUGGCCAAGUCUGAUUUGGCAAUUGCUCCGGUUCUUUUUCAGGAAGACAUGGAUCAUCUUCAGUGAUUUUGGGUGUGUGUGUGUUAUUUUGGCAUCUCCUCCUGAGUUGCUUCUCGUUUUCGAUCUCAGUUUUUGCAAGAGUGACCCUGCCACUGUUCGUUUGCAAAACCGUUUUUGCUCCUUCCUUUUUCACAGAUUGGCUUCGUCGGAAAAAGGCAACGAUGUUUAGUGAAGUCUAUUUUUGGGGAGGUGGGUGGGGAACAAUUGACCUAUUCUCUAGGUUCUCUGGAUUGCUCUGUAAUUAAAUACAAUAUUUUAUUUUCUGGC